AUCCGAGAUAGCCGAUGUAUCACGAUUUGAAGGCUAACAGCCAGUAAAUGUCAAAUAUCUGUCAUUUCCCCUUGAUGCAUUUAACUUUAAGCGAUGAACAGUUAAUUAGAAGGAUAUAUUGGGGUCCUGGUCAGCUACAUCAAUGUCAAUGUGGCAGUGUUGUCGCUCUGCUGUAGGUGUGGUAGCCUUUGUUGUGCCCGUCACUCUGACCUUCAUGGACAACGUGGGCUCAGUGGUCGGUGUAAAGGGAGUCUCCAUGCAGCCAGUUUUGAAUCCAGACCUGAUGCACAAGGAUUAUGUGUGGCUGAAUAAAUGGUGUGCGAAAGACUUUCAGUUCCAGCGGGGUAACAUUGUAACUCUAAGAGCCCCAUAUGAUCCAAGAUGUACAAUUAUCAAACGUAUUGUAGCCAUAGAAGGGGACACUGUUUGCCCCAACAGAAGGACAGAAGAGUGCAUACGUAUUCCCGCUGGACACUGUUGGUUGGAGGGGGAUAAUGUCACUAUGAGCAAAGACAGCAACUCUUUUGGACCUGUUAGCGUCGGGCUGAUAGAGGCAAAAGCGACAUAUAUUGUUUGGCCUCCACAAAGAUGGAGGGCACUGAAUGGAUAUUUCAACAUACCUGACAGAGUUGUUAUCAGUGGUCAAUUGCAGCAAUCACAUAGUGUUUGAUACAUAGCACGCGCGAGCAGAUGCGGACUUUAUUUCAAUCAGUAUACUGGAAUUUCUGUAAUCUUCCAAUACUUCGUUUGUCGUGUGUUAGAUUUGUUAGUAUUGUACAUAUGCUAGUUAAGGCGCGGAAUUUCAACAGCUAUUAAGUAUUAACGAUGAACUUAUGUGUUACAUGGCACACUGUUUUGCAAGCAGACACCAUAUGUUGAUCUCUUCACAUGGCGCCCAACAACAGAUAUAUAGAAGAAAACUGAAAAUACACGACUUUGCGACGAUGAUAUUUGAAGCAUGGGCGGAAGCGCAGUGAUUUUUAUCUACACUCGGAACAACUGCUCUGGGUCGGGUUCGUACAGUGUCGAAGAACCGUAUACAUAAUGACCUCCUGAAAAUUGCUGGCAUCAUUACCAUUAUUAUAGAAAACAAUACCGUUUAUGUAUGUUUUGCCAACCUGUGCAAUAAACAUUUGUGCCUUUUUGUGUCUAUACGAAAAAAGAUUGCCAAUUCCGAAAAGGUUUAUAAUGUACAUGAAACGGCAAAAAGCGUAAUUUAAACACAGUAUGUUAUUGCAUAGCGUUAGGAGAAGAUAUCAUAACCCAUUUAUGCCAGGUGGACUCUCACAUCCUUCUAAAUUGGAAAAAUUUAUUUCCAAAAUUAGGGAUGUCUAGUAUAUUUAUUUCUAUGUUUAGAAUAUUUUUACAGAAAUUCCUUUAAGCAAACAGCGCAGACCCUGAUGAGACGCCGCAUCAUGCGGCGUCUCAUCUGGGUCUACGCUGUUUGCCAAGGCUUUUUUUUCGAGACGUUAGGCAUAAAUGGGUUAAUGUACGUAGGAUCGCAGAUCAACACGUAUACGUUGACGCUCAUCACGAUGAUUGUUGUCAAUGUCGAAACAAUUGUACGAAUGGACGAUGCCACGACGCAUAGACCCAUAAUUCUUGCUUACUUCCCUCCUCUUAUAUUGGUCAAAAUAUAUAAUACUUGAGUUAUUAUACUACUUUUUUUUCAAUUAUUUUUAUGUUUGUACGAGUUAUACAAGGUGAACAUACGUAUGCCAUCAGCUCACGUGUGCACCUCUUCCUCAUGGUAAGCUUUUGUGAUUGCCCUUUUCGUCGCUUGUCGAGCAUCGUCAACAUGGGCCUUGUUAAUACUCUAGAGGCCACAUUCUUUGUCCAAUCUUCAUGAAACUUGGUCACAUUAUUUGUCUUUUUGACCUCUGGGCCGAAUUCGACGCUGGAUUUCAUAUAUAUAUAUAUAUAUAUAUAUAUAUAUAUAUAUAUAUAUAUAUAUAUAUAUAUAUGUAGAAACCAUCGUGGCUAUCGUGAAACAUUGUGUAUACCAGCGUUCACUCACAAAUGAUAAAUCUGUAUAAAACUUGCCCAGAUAUGUUUUCUUAAAUAUGUUUCCUUAUGAUAUGGCAGAGUUUGAAGAUGGUUUGGUCCAUUGAAACACAUGUCCACCAGUUUUUGAGGGACAUUUUUCUUACUGUCUUGAAGCCACCCUCUCCUUUAAACACACAGCAACAAUUUUAUAUUAUUUAUAUAUAUACAUUUAAGAUGACAGAGAUAACAAAGUUAUUCUUAUAUCAACUACAUGUUGUUUGUAAUUGCAGAAAAUUAAAAAACAGGUAUGUUAAUGUUUUUUUGCGGAAUAUAUUUGUUUGUGCGUGACAGUAUUUACUUUUGAAAACGAUUGAUGGAUGUAUUCAAGUGAAGUUAUUUAAGAAUAAAUUGUGUAAUAUACUA